CUUACCCACGGAGCUCUCUCGGACAUGGGACUCCGCCAUCGGUUCCCCCCUCCACCCCGCUAUUUAAUACAAGAACAGCACAACUUGCAUUCAACAACCAAUUUUUAAACCAUAAUACCCAAAUAAACUCGUACUUUGCAAUCGCAUCUUUCAAAAUGUCUGGUCAGGAGAUCAUCUAUACCGAUAAGGCCGCCUUCCCUGCGGGCCCUUACUCCCAAGCCAUCAAGACCGGCACCACCAUCUACUGCUCCGGCCAAAUCCCAUGCACCCCCUCCGGCGAGAUCUUCACCCAGCCCACCCACAGCAUCGCCCAGAUGACCGAGCAGUGCAUCACCAACCUGUCUGCCGUCCUCGAGGCUGCCGGAUCCUCGCUCAAGAAGGUCGUCAAGGUCAACGUGUUCAUCACCACCAUGGACAACUUCGCCGAGAUGAACGGCACCUACGAGAAGUUCUUCUCGCACAAGCCGGCCAGGAGCUGUGUUGCGGUUAAGGAGCUGCCAAAGGGCGUGCCGGUUGAGAUUGAGUGCAUUGCCUUGGUUUAAGGAAGAUGCGCGCUUGAGGAAAAAUACGGAGAGGAAAAGGUGUGGGGUUGGGGGAGGGAAAAUGCGAGAUACUGGUAGAUGUAUAAAAAUAUGCUUCUGGCAUGGAGAUUAAAAAUAACAGUAUCCAGUCUUGUUAUGGCGAAUUUUACAUGCUGCUAUGAGAUAAUUGGACCUUCGAGGUGUAAUCGGGUGCUUGUUGGUAAUCGACUGUCCAUAUAUGGUCGCCGCCUGGUUGGUGUACGAAAUGGGUUAAAACCGAAGUGGAAGAAUAAGUAAGCAUGCAGCUGGGAACCGUCCCGCCUUGUCAUAACUGCACAUAUCAAAGCAACAGUUCGGAAUCAAGUAAUAUCUCAAAAGCAUGCGGAUGUCAAAUUGUGCCCAUUGAUUUGUAGACGCUAUGUGACUCAUGCAAGAAAGCAACUCCAGCCAGGAACCCCGAAAGAAAGACACUUUACAUGACGACACCAGAGUUGCUGGCAAUACGCUGGGAAAAUGUUAGCAGAGAAUUUUGUGGAUAGGAACAGAUGUUCGACGUACUGGCCACAACUCAGCUGCCUCCUUUCCGACUGGUCCUGUGAUGGCUGAUCCCUUCAUCUCACCCUUCGGGUUGACGAUCUGUGAAUAAAUAGUUAGCCUUCUGCCUCUGCAAAGCCUUGUAUCCCAGCAAAACCCUCCCCAUCCAUCCAACAUCGAUCGAUUCCAACAUCCUUCCCUCAUCUAUACAGCCAACAAAACCAACACCGGGACAGGGCUGUACUCACAACACCGGCGUUAUCCUCGAAGUAGAGGAAGACACCAUCUGUGCGCUUCCAUGGCUUCGACUGGCGGACAAUGACCGCGGGCAUCACCUUCUUCCUCAGCUCAGGCUUUCCCUUCUUGACGGUCGCCAUGACCAUGUCACCGACACCACCGGCCGGGAGACGGUUGAGACGCGCUCCGAUACCCUUGACGGAGAUGAUGUACAGGUUACGAGCACCCGAGUUGUCGCAGCAGUUCAUGACGGCGCCGCUAUAGUUGCGUUAGUACCUCUGUAUCUUCCUUCACCACCAACCAUCCAAUCCGUCUCGGUAUCGCAGUUCGAUUCUGGGCCCGUCGCGGGGAGUAUUCGAGGGGGGGACGUACACUGGGAGACCGAGGGUCAUCUUCAGCUUGCCACCUGGGGCACCACGACUGCAAAAACGGUCAGCCAACUCCAUCCACCACACAAAACAUCGCGCAUCCCCGGAUCCGGCGCAAAUCGGGGACACUUCGUACACGCCGUGUUAGCGGGAGUGAGAGGGCACACAUACGAGAUCUUGGCCAUUUUGUCGGAGGUUCUUUGAGACUGGUGGUGAGUUCAAAGGGUCGUGAUGUGCUGCUUGGUCGUCGUCGUGGUGA